AUGGCUCUGCUUUUGGUGCACCUGAGGCGGUUGAUUCUCUUACUAAGUGUCGUCUACCUGAGCGGAUCUGUAUUCCGCCGCCUUCUCACCGAACGGCAUCACGCAUACGCCCUGAAGUCCAACGGAUUCUCGGGAUUUGGUCGUCUUCGGGGUGGCCACGGGGGACUCAAAGAGCCCUACCACUUUCAAUGGUGGGCCUAUAUUUAUACUUGUUAUGGCUACGCCGUUUUGGUUAACUACGUCAGCAUGCAAAGACUUACUAAUUUGAUAGAAUUUUUCUUUCAGUAAUCUACACAAUUUAUGCAGUCUUUGAAGAAAAUUAUGAAGUUUAAUAAAUAAGGAUUUUAAAUAAA